GCCAACUCGCAGCGGUCCGCUCUAGCCGCGUGACGGCCGCGUAAAAAGUUUAACACUAUUCCGAAACUUGCGAUCUCAGCGCCGACAGCGUGACUGAUGCUGAGCGUUUCGAGCGGUGUUUUGAUAGGACUUUCGAGAGUUUGUGUUUAAUUUGUAGCGUGAAAAUUGGGAACUGUAAACUUUGAAAGUUGGUGAAUGGUGGAAGAGGUCAAGAUAGCGUCGAGACGAGAGUUGGGCUUGAAGUUGGAGAGAUUAUGUCGUUUGGUUCCUUCGAUGGGAUGUUCGGACGGUGACGGCGUGUGGGCGGGCGGCAGGCUGGGCUCGGAGGCCAACUUGAUGCUGUUGCAGGGCGAGGGCCGGGAGCGCGGGCCCAUGGAGGAGGACUGCUCCGCGCGGCCCUGCGCCACCGACUUCUCCAUCGCCGCCAUCAUGGCCCGCGACCGCCAGGAGAGGCGGGAGAGGAGGCGCCACAGGGACCCCAGGGAAGACACGCUCAUGCCACUUGAAAAGUUCGUAGACGCGACGGCAUCAGCGUCAGGGUCUCCCUCGCCCCCUCUGGCGGAGUACGAGCGAGACUCCCCCGUAGACGUGUCCUCAACCUCGGAAGCUGGCUCGGCGAGCGGAGCAGCGAGCGGCUCGCGAGCACUCUCCCCUCCCCCAAGGAAUCCUCAACUGGCCGAGCGGUGGUCGAGCGAGGAGAUGCGGCAUAUACAGUGCCAUCUGGAAACGAAGGAACUAUGGGACAAGUUUAACGAACUCGGCACGGAGAUGAUCAUCACCAAAACUGGGAGACGCAUGUUCCCGACGGUGCGCGUGUCGUUCGCGGGCUGCCGCGCGGAGGCGCGCUACGCCGUGCUGCUGGACGUGGUGCCGGUGGACGGCAAGCGCUACCGCUACGCCUACCACCGCUCCUCGUGGCUCGUGGCCGGCAAGGCCGACCCGCCCGCGCCCGCGCGCCUCUACCCGCACCCCGACUCGCCCUUCACCGGCGACCAGCUGCGCAAGCAGGUCGUCUCCUUCGAGAAGGUCAAGCUCACCAACAAUGAAAUGGAUAAGAACGGACAGUUGGUGCUAAAUUCAAUGCACAAAUAUCAGCCACGGAUCCACCUAGUGCUCAGAAGAGAAGGUGCCAUCAACGCCCCCAUCACAGACCUGGAGCAGGAAGAGUUCAAGACGUUCAUAUUCCCCGAGUGCGUGUUCACCGCCGUCACCGCGUAUCAGAACCAACUGAUCACGAAGCUGAAAAUCGACAGUAAUCCAUUCGCUAAGGGAUUUCGCGACUCUUCACGUCUCACUGAGUUUGAAAGAUUCUAUGUGACGGGCGAACACGAAAGAACAUCAGUCUACCCCGAUGUCGCUCGCUUCAAUGCUGUCCAUCAUAGGGAGACGAUGGAGUCGAUGUUGGCGGAGCAGCACUACCUGCGGUCGCCGCUGCGGCCGUUUGACCUGGAUCAGCAUAAUAAUAACUUGACGUUGGAAGAGAAGGCGAUUCUUGCGGCGCGUUCGCAACUGUUUCUGCGCGCGGCGUAUCCAUUGUACGGUGUUCCUGCUGCGGCGCUAUGGGGCCAGUGGGCUUGCCUGGCGCCUCAGCUACUGGCGCAGCAGCAUCUUGCGGCUUCUGGAUCAGGGCUGCAGCUGCCGCGGCCGGUGUAUCCCGGUGGGCUACCUGCCGGCUCGGCAGGCCUAUCGCAGCACCGGUUCUCACCAUACCCUCCACGACGGGCCUCUCCCGGGUCCUCACCGGACUCGCUCCGGGACGCCAGCCCGCACCCGCCCCCCCUGCCGCCGCACCCGCCUCACACCCCGCACCCGCCGCAUAGCCCCACUUAGUGAUAAAACAGCAAACAAAAUCACCCUGAGAUCUCCUUAUACGCGAUAUCCUACAGAGUUUAUAAAGUGAUUCUUUAAGAAUAUUAAAAACGUUGGAAGUUUGAAACUGUACCCGAGUAUGGUGGUGGACUAUUGUAAAGUGGACGGGUGAAUGGACUAGGAACAAUUGAACAGACUUGGUGAUAGACAAUUUAUUUUUCGCUGCACCUGAUGUGUAUAAACUAUGAAGUUCGUGGAACGAUGUCUUAUCAAAUUUGUAAUAUAUUGUAAAAUACGUGUAAUAUUUAACUAUAAUUUAUCUGUAAUUAUAUUUGUUAUAUGUUCCUAAUAGUAUUCUCUGGUAGUAAUGAUGGUUUCCGCAAUUCAUGUUAUAGCUUUAGUAAUUUAGAAUUAAAUCGCAUUGGAUGGAAGCAUUUUGUAGUUACAUUAAUUUGCAAUGGGUCCGUAAGUUUAUUACGUAUAAGUUUGUGCCGUGGAAGCACCUGAUUUUCUGCUUGUUCAGGUGAAAUGUGCAAUACAACUGAAUUACAAAAUUGUUUAAGAGAUCUUACUCUAUUAGAAAUAGUGAUAUAGACAUAGUUAAUAAUGGUAGAACUUAUACUUGCUGUCUGUGUUAUUAUUAAUUCCAAAUGAUUGGUAAAAUAUGAGCGGACACAUAGAAGUAUCCUCGUGGGUACUUUGUAGUUAAAUUAAAGUUAUUAUAGAUAAUAUAUUGCUAAAGAAUAAAAAAUUAAAUGUUUGUUAACAUA